GUUCUACUCCUUCCCUGGCACGUGACAAGACACCAAGGGCCGUCAUGUGAGCAGGUGGCCAGCCCGCCGGCUGGGCGGGGUUCCGCAGCACAGCGGAGGACCAAAGAGUGACUGCAGACCCGACAUAACCAACGGGGCUGAACAGUCAUGCCCAAGUACUGCCGGGCCCCGAACUGCUCCAAUACUGCGGGCCGACUGGGCUCGGACAACCGCCCUGUGAGCUUCUACAAGUUCACGUGGAGGAACAGACUGAUGGGGGUAGGGGAGAGUGGCGGUGGCCCAGGAGGCCAGGAAGGAGCCUGCUGCCAAAGCCUAGUGGAGGUUCCCACUGAAGGAUGGCACCCGGCUGCAGGCCUGGCUGCAGCACAUGGGCUGUGAGCACUGGGUGCCCAGCUGCCACCAGCACUUGUGCAGCGAGCACUUCACACCCUCCUGCUUCCAGUGGCGCUGGGGCGUGCGCUACCUGCGGCCCGAUGCUGUGCCCUCCAUUUUCUCCCGGGCACCGCCCGCCAAGAAGCCACGGAGUUCCCAAAGCACGGAGCAGCCGGUCUCGCCUCCACAGGAGGCCCCGGGCCCAGCCGUCCAGGCCCCCGGCCCUGUGCACCUUGUGGUACUGGGACCACCGCCCGGAAGCCCCGGGGCCGUAGCCACGGUGUUCCUGAGACCCCUGCCUCUUCCGCCGGCUCCCCCGGGUCCGCGCCCUGGAGUGCCGCCCCAGCAGCCCCGGGCCGGGCUGGGGGCGACGCUGGGGGCGCUGCAACGGCGGGUGCGGAGGCUGCAGAGGCGCCAUCAGCGGCGCCAGGCGCAGCUGCGGGCUCUGGAGCAGCGGGCGCAGCAGCUGUGCCGGGAGAGCCUGCGGGCGCGCCAGGGCCUUCUGCGCGCUGGGACUGCUGCCCGCCUGGCCCGCGCGGCGCCUCUGGUUUCUGUUAAACGAGAGUCCAGGAUUUAGAAGUCAGAACAUUUCACCCGUAUUUCCAGCUUGCUGGCUUUUUUGAAAAAGAUCACCUGGCCAUGUCAAGCAACUAUUGGUCAGAGCAGAGUAGUGGCUACUCCAUUUAUUAAUAAUAUUUAAAGCGCCCUUACUGUCUGCCAGACAGAGCUGGUAACUUACUGAAAACCAUGACCUUGAUACUGCUGUCGCCCCCAUUUUCCAAAUGAAAAAACUAAAGCACAGAGGGAUACAGUAAUUUGCCAAUUCAGGCAGCCACAAAGUUCAAAGCAGAUGUCUGUCUGGCUCUUGAAGAGGUCUGCGCUCUUUUGUUGGGGAGCUUCCUGCCUGGCCCUGCAGAGCUUGAGUUUGCAACCCCUUUACUAGAGUAUCUUGGGCCCUUUGUCUCUAAAUUUUACUGCUGAGUAUUUUCCCUGGAUUGAGGGUGGGGUAGGUGUGUGUGUGCUGGGGUGGGGGUGGUAUCAUGUCUUCAAAAAUAAAAGUUUGGCCAGGCCUUCCCACCUUAAAACCUGAGGGCUUGAAACCUCAGGGCCAAAUUUGAGGUCCCAGGGCUCUAAGCCCUGCCUGGCCAGCAAGAAAGGUGGGAAGGGGUUUCAGAAAGGCACCCUCUCAGUACCUCUGUAGCGAAGGUAUCUCAACCUGACAGCCCGUGGGUUGAACAUGGCUCACAGCUGUGAUUGUUUGGCCUCAGCAAUGCUUUGAAGUAAUUUUUUAUGUCUUUCCUGAAGGCUCAGAAGCUCUAGCAACCCUGGGAGCUGCAGUGUAGCUGCCCCUGGAGGCUUUCUAUUUGAGACCAAGGCCUGAAUCAUGCGGGGGCACAAGAGGGACACACAGUGGGGCAGGAACAGACUCAGGCCUGGGGUUCUUUAUUAAGCCUGCCAGAGCCCCUGGGCUGACAGUUUUCUUUCUGCCUCCCCUUAACCCCAUUUGAUCCUUGUCUCUCAAUCUCUUCUCUGCCCCACCUUCAUCUUUGUCUUUCUUCCCCUCCAUUUCUCUGUCCCUUCUCCCCCAUUUCCCCAUGUCUCUCUUCAUUUGCAUCUUUGUGUCCCCUAUAUCUUUGUCCCUGUCAUCUGCAUUUCUCCUGUCCUUACAUCUGUCUCUCCAAGUCUCUAUCCUCCUAUACUUCUCUCCCUGUUUCCCUAUAACUCUUUAUUCCCCCAUGGAUCUCUCUCUGGUCUCACAUCUGUUUUCCUUGUCUCCCCAUAAAUAUCUUUGCCCACAUCCCUGUUUCUUGACAUCCCCUUCCCACCUUGGCCUCCCUGUUCCUCACUAUUUCUUCCUCUUUCCCUUCUUCCCUCCCCACACUCCCCUGUGUUCAUCUCUACCACUUCUUUGCCUGGGACUGCCCAGCUCCCUAGACCUGAGGAAUCCCAUCAUCUGUGGAGAUGCCUGACGUAGCCAUAUUCUUGCCCAAGGACAAUGGACAUCAAGCCUGAAUACCUGGAUACUCGGAUCCCCAGUGCAUAAGGACCAGGAUAAUGUUAUGGGACAGAUGAGAGAGUAAGAGAGACAUAUCACACAUGGAGUUGGUGUGAUAACCCCAGUGCUACCACCCAUGCCUGGGGCAUCACACUACCUCCCUCAAGGGCCUGGCACCAAGCACCCCCUCCUAUGGACCUCUUAAACCUUAGGGCUGACCUGGGCCCAAGCUCCAUCAACCUAUUCUCUGGUACCAGGUUUUGCCACCCACAGCUCAAAUCUUUGCAGUCAGUAAAACAGACUCAGAGCAGAACAAGAGCUGUUUGGGGAAAGUUGUACCGGGUUCUGAAAAGACGCUCCUAUCCUUUGCCAACUCUGGUGCCUAGCUGGGGAUACAGAAGUGAACACAACUGACACAGUCCUGCUCUCAUGGUGCUCACACUCUGCUUGAGUAGAAGAUGGAACUAGUGAACUAAUAAACAAGAUAAUUUCAGAUUGUGGUAACUGCUAUAAAGACUGAAUGAAGAUGUAAUGGGAUGGGAUGGUGGUAGAAAAGAGGACUCAGAGGAGACAACAUUUGAGCUGAGACCUGGAUGAGAAGAAGCUGGCCUGGAAGGCAUAUGGGCUGGAUGUUCAGAGAAAAUGUCCCUGCAGAUGCCCAGCAUCAAGGGUGUCAGCUGGAGGAGGGCAGUAGUUGCUAUGGCGAAAACUAAAAUGGGGAAGGGAGGGAGAGAGAGAGAGAGAGUGUGUGUGUGUGGUUUUAGAACAGAGAAUGUCUCACUGGGCUAUGGUUGCAAAUCUGUCCCCUAUACCCUGCUACAGACAUGUUGCAUGGUUAGUAAAAGCCCAGACCCUACAGCCAGGCUGCCUGGUUUCAACUCAGCUCCUUCACCUAUUUGCUGUGUGACCUUGGGCAUGUGGCUUAAGCUCUCUGAGCCUGGUGUUACCUGAGCACUAUGUGAUGAGAAUGGCAAUGGUCUACAAAAUCAUCCCUCCGAG